AUGAGAGGCAUGUUGCGGGAAGGAAGUGGACUUACGGGACCAGAAAAGGGAGUGGAGGAAGAGAAUGAAACCCCGCGUCCCUGGGGGGCAAGAGUCGAGGGCGGAAAUUCAGACUCUACAACGAUUUCCUUAUCUCUUAGAGGUGUGGCCAGCUGUAGUCUGCCCAGCUAUAGUACAAGCAUCUCUCACGAUUGGGACCUCACGGACCUUCGGACCUUAAAGGACCAGACGAUUAAUACACAGCAGGUCCCCAAUGUACUAAAUGGAUUUCCUUUUUCUAAACCAGUGUGUGAAAAAUUUCAGAUGUCAAAGAGAUAG